UCAGAGACACUUAGAAUUGAUUAAUUUUAAAAUGUAUAUGAGAUGGCAUUGAGAAUAAAGUUUUUUGACGUGACAGAAACAAUUUUUAUAUAAAGACUUUUAUUUCUACAACCGAACCGUUUAAUUAAUGCAAGACGGGUAGUUUUGUGUUAAUAUUGAACAUUUGGCGACCGUGACACCCUGGAAUAAUUGUUUUCGAUUGUUGUCUGCGAUAAAUUUGUUCAGGUAUACAUUGACAAUCAUGGAUCAACCCAAAAGGCAUCGUAGAGUACUCCGUACCACCUUCACUAAAUCGGCGAAAGAAUUAGAAGACUUUUUAUCGGCGCCGGAAGGAAAGGCACGUUUAAUCUCUGUAUCGCUGGGUAUUUUGAAACAGAAAUAUGAUGAUCUAAGAAGAAUUGACAGUGAUAUAUACCAGUCUCUAUUGGAAAGUGAUGGAAGUGAAGCAGAAUUGCUGGCAGAGAUGGAUGGUAGUGAAGUUUACAUUAGGAAAUUCACUGACUUGAACGCACAAGCCGAGGAUUUUCUACAGAAGCCGCGAGGAGAGCUAGGUGAAGAGGUAAACUCCGUAGCCUCGGAAAGUAAUGUAGGAGGCAGAUCAGAUGGACGUUAUGAAGUCAGGUUGCCAUGGUUAGAGGGACAUCCAGCGCUGCCUAGCAAUUAUUACAUGGCGAAGAGGAGAUUGGAUAACACAAUGAAGAAAAUCAUUAAGGAUGGUUAUUUCGAGGCGUAUGAUCAAGUAUUUAAAGACUGGCUAACUGACAACAUUAUUGAAGAGGUGUUAGAGGAUCAAGUGAACAAGUCGGCCCAUUAUCUACGGCCAGUGAUUAAACCUAACAGCACAACGACAAAGAUACGACCGGUUUUCGAUGCGUCCGCCAGAGAAAAGGAUAACCCUUCAUUAAACCAAUGUCUAGAAAAGGGGGUUAAUUUAAUUGAACUAAUUCCGGCUAUUUUGUUAAGGUUUAGACAGCAAAGACUUGGUGUAAUUUCUGACAUCAGUAAAGCUUUUCUACAGAUCAGUAUACAUUCGGAGGACAGAGAUUUUCUUAGAUUCUUAUGGUAUGAUAAGGAGAACAACCUCAAAGUGUUUCGUCAUAGACGGGUGGUGUUUGGAAUUACUAGUAGUCCUUUCUUGUUGGGAGCUUCGUUAGAAUAUCAUCUGUCAAAAUUUGUGAAGGAAUAUGACUCGAAAUACGCUUUUGCCAAAGAAACUGCUAAGAAAUUAUCAAACAGCUUUUACGUAGAUAACUGCGUUACUAGUGUUUCUAAUGAAAGAGAAUUGGAAACCUUUAUCAAAGAAGCCAUUAUUAUAAUGACGGAAGGCAAAUUCGACCUCAGAGGGUGGGAGUAUACUCACCAAGUCCAAGAGGAUGCCUCUAACGCUUACGCGGUGGUUCUGGGGGUAAAGUGGGACAAGUUGAAUGAUACUUUAUCUAUAAACCACGAUGACGAAGACAUCAAAUCGCUCUUAAGCAAACCGGUAACUAGAAGAUUAAUGCUGUCACAAGCACAAAGGGUGUUUGAUCCUAUAGGUUAUAGUUGUCCAGUUACAUUGCUCCCAAAGUUGUGGUUACAGAAAACAUGGAAAAAACAAAUGAGGUGGGACGAUAAAGUUGACGAUGAACUGGAAACUCGUUUUCGUAUCUGGGUACAAGAACUUUCUUAUUUAUACGCCAUAAAGAUUCCUAGGUGGAUAUACGCUGGUACUGAGGAGGCAGAACAUUGGACGCUUCAUACAUUUUGCGAUGCCAGCAAGGAAGCUUUCUCUGCUGUAGUAUUUUUGAGAGGAAUUCGGAACGGAUGUGUGUUUGUACAUCUCUUAGCGGCUAAGUCAAGGGUAGCUCCAUUAAAAAAUUUAUCGAUACCUCGUCUGGAGUUGAUGGCCGCAGUAAUUGGUGUUAGAUUAUAUACUACCGUCAAGGAAAGCUUAUACAUGGAGAUGGAACCUUUUUUCUGGAGUGACUCGACAACCGUAUUGUCAUGGGUGAGGAGACCCGAAGAGUGGUCUACAUUUGUCUGGAACCGCGUGUCAGAAAUACGAAAAUUGUCUUGCAGUGAAAAUUGGCACCACGUCCCCGGUAAAUUGAAUCCUGCUGACCUACCUUCACGAGGUUGUUCAGCCAAACAGUUACUUGAGUCAAAAUGGUGGGAGGGACCACAAUGGCUUUAUCAAGACGUAUCUAUUGAUCCUCAAUCAGAUUUAGAUUACAAUGAACAGGAGAUCAAUCAAGAGAGGAAGAAAAAAUUGGUUACGACACUGAUUAAUGACGAGCAACCAAAAAUGUCAUCAAGUGAUUGGCAUUUCGAUUAUUUUUCUCAUUAUCAAAAAACCCUCCGUAUGUGUGCAUGGAUAUUACGAUGCAUUUACAAUUUAAGAAAUAAAGAUCGACUCAAAGGUAACUUGAGUUCUGAAGAAAUUAAACGAGCUGAAAUAUUUGUCCUACGAGUUGUGCAAAAGGAGUCUUUUUCAAAUAAUAACGAUAAGAGACUAUGUGGCAUGGACAUUUAUAAAGACAAAAACGACCUAAUUAGGUUGAAGUCACGGAUUAGUAACCGAAACGAUUGUCAAAAUUUUCUAUUUCCCAUAGUUUUGCCAGCAAGGCAUUUUUUGGUCAAUCAGCUUAUAUUCCAAGAGCAUUUAAGAUCAUGUCAUAGUGGAGCACAGGGACUUAUGAGUCAGUUACGUCAAAGGUAUUGGAUUCUAGGAGGACGACGAACUAUAAAAUCAGCAAUUUCACGUUGUGUAGUGUGCAGGAGACAAAAUGCCAAACCUUUUGUUGUGAGGACACCUCCUUUGCCAGUUGAUCGUGUUCGGGAUGCUAACGCGUUUGAAGUAACGGGUGUGGACUUAGCGGGGCCUUUAUAUCUGAAAACUGGAGAAAAGGUUUGGGUAUGCCUCUUCACGUGUGCCGUAUAUCGUGCUGUACAUCUUGAAAUUUGUACUGCAUUAUCGGUGGUUAGUUUCAUGCAGGCUUUAAGACGGUUUAUUGCCCGACGGGGUCGUCCGAAGACUAUAUAUAGUGACAAUGGGACUAAUUUUGUAGGCACUGAAAAUGCUUUUUCGCGAGUAAACUUUGAAGAAAUCGCAGAGAGCAGUGGUAUUGAACGUAUUCAAUGGCGAUUCAACCCACCUACGGCAGCGUGGUGGGGAGGUUUUUGGGAAAGACUUGUGGGAGUUUUAAAGCAGUUAUUACGCAAAGUGUUGGGACGUUCUUCACUAGACUAUGAAAGUUUAAUGACAGUAAUGUGUGAUUGUGAAGCCGUGAUCAAUUCAAGGCCACUUAUUUGUUCUGAUGAUGCAAAAGAUUUAGUACCUUUAACGCCCAUGAUGUUCCUUAGAGAUCAAGUAGAGAGUGGAGUUUCAGACUGUGAUGAGGUUGAUCAAAAGACUCUAUCUAGGAAAGUUGUGUAUCGGCAAAAAUUGGUUGCUGAUCUUCGACGAAGAUUCCGCAAUGAGUACUUAGGGCAGUUAAAAUUAUGGUUCAAGGGGCGAUGUAACCGACAAGUUAGAGUGGGGGAUAUCGUGUUGGUUGGUAAUGAUAAAGACAAGCGAGUUAACUGGCCGCUUGGUCGAGUGGUAACCCUUCUUCCAGGAAAGGAUGGCAAUAAGCGACUUGUGAGAGUUAUUACCGAAAGGGGACAACUUCUGAGACCUGUACAACGUUUGUACCCUCUGGAGUGCGCCGUCGAUUUUACUCUAAAUGAGGAUAGAACGAAUAACGACUCAGAUAUUUCUUCUCGAAGUCAGUGUGAAAAUAUUGAAGUGCCUGUUUUUGAAAGUGUAAUUGAGGACGAUGACGCGAAAACGGGAGUGUCAAAAAGCAGAGUACCCGAAACGUACAAAAGUGAUAUACGUUACGUUACGCGGAGUGGACGGAAGAUUAAAACACCUUCAAAAUAUUCAGAGUUUUAUAGGAUUUAAAUUAAUUCCUUUUCUAUGUUAACUUUUAUUUUCUGAUUGUUUGUUCACGGUAUCUCUGAUUUCU